AAUCAACCAUAUAUAAAGACAGUUAUUUAUAAUUGUAACUUAAUACCUUUUUAAUGUAUUAAUUAAGAGUGUUAUUUAUUUACAUUAAAGUGUUCACACAGUUUUUACUGGCGCGAGUAAACUCAAGCUCAGAGAAUCUGUUUGGUACAAGAUAAAGUCUGAUAAAAAUAUUGUCUCUUCAACCUUGGAAGCCAAAUAACGUUUAAUUAUACGCAUUAAUAAGUCACAUGUCUCUACCGAAUGACAGAUUGAAUGUAAAUGCGUAGCGGCUUUAUGUCUUCAGACUAAACCACGAAUAUUGUAUAAAGUAACCAGUAAUAAAAACAAUAAUAAUGCCUAGGUGCAGUCACUAGUGCUGAUUGGUGAGAUGUGAUAUAAAUUCGGACAAAGUUGCCAAAAUUAGAAUAACUCGUCCCGACACUUGCUGACGUACUUAAAACAUCACGUUUACUCUUUCUCUCUUGGCAAUUGGCAAUUAUAGUUGUUCUUACCCUUGGUUUAGUUCUAAUUAAAGUCUCCGUGGCUUCUAAAGCCACCAUUUACUUCCCCUUUAUUUACAAAAAUAUUUAUUUACAAUUAUUAAAAAAAUAUCUAUAAAAAUUGAUUUUAAAGUUGAAGAUUGAAAGUUCUCAGUGAUACGGUGUGGAGGUAUAGCAAGACGUUGACUGUCCUUAGCUGUCAGCUAAUAAAAUCCUCUUGUUACAUUUUACACAUACCUAUGCGGAGAGUUAUUGUUCCGUUGGUUAAUAUAAUUUAAUUGUGGAGAGAGUAAUUUCGUUGGAGAUAAAAUCCACAAUCAGAUAUCAGUUGCUCACCAAUGAGUGAGGGGAGUUGUGGUUGGCAAAGACAAAACUGUGGAACUCGAUCCAGAAUCAGACAUUGUUUUACAUCCACCAGAAGGAUCCUAUUACUCUCACCUCGCACCCCCAUUACAAACGAAUUAUUUAUCACGGAGCACUACGGAAUCGCAGGAUUCAGCCAUGGGGCUCGACUUCCUGGCCGACGGAGGUGCAGACUUCGAACAUGCCAUCACCGUGACAGGUUUUGGCAAAUUCCACUACAUGCUAUUGACAAUUUGCGGUUUAAUUUACAUGGACACAGCAAUAGGAGUAACAAUAAUAUCAUUCGUUCUACCAGCAGCGCAAUGCGACCUUCAAAUGGAUUCGACAUCCAAAGGAUGGCUCACAGCCUCCCCCAUGUUCGGAAUGGUGAUAGGAUCAUACUUCUGGGGAUGCCUGGCUGAUACAAAAGGUCGCAAAAUAGUGCUGAUUGCAACGUUAAUGAUGGAUGGAAUUGUCGGAAUAAUUUCUUCUUUUGUUCAACACUUUUGGGCUUUUUUGAUCUUCAGAUUUUUCAACGGAUUUGCGAUAACUGGAGCAAUGGGAAUAUGCUUUCCUUAUUUGGGAGAAUUCCAGCCUACAAAGUAUCGAGAAAAAAUUUUAUGCUGGAUGGAAAUGUUCUGGACAAUCGGUGUCAUCGCACUACCAUUGAUUGCUUGGUUAAUAGUCCCACUAGACUUUAAUUACACAUCUGAUUCGUUUUACUUUAAAUCGUGGAAUCUCUUUGUUGCUUUGUGUGCAUUUCCCUCGCUGACACUCUCGCUUUGGCUGUUUGCCUUUCCUGAAAGCCCCAAAUUUCUUCUGGAAUGCGGCGAGACUGACAAAGCAUUAGAAGUAUUCAAAUGGAUCUAUUCCCAAAAUACUGGACAAGAUAUGGAGUCGUAUCCUGUAAAAUCAUUGCAAGAAAAAGCAACUUCUAAAGAUGUAAGCACAAGAACUUUGAGAUUACACAAGCAUAAGGAACUAAAAGUUCUUUGUUCAGAGGUUUGGGGGCUGACAAAAGCUCUAUGCAAACCUCCUUAUUUGCGUAAUACUCUUCUGGCUUGUGCGAUACAAUUCGGACUUACGAGCAGUUAUUAUACACUUAUGGUGUGGUUUCCAGAGUUAUUUACAAGGUUUGAAGAAUUUGAAGCUGAACAUCCUGGAGAAACAACAUCGGUUUGUAUAGUUUCAUCGAUUCCACAAAAUACUACCGCUUCAUUUGAUGUUUAUGGCUGUGAAACGGUAAUUACGUCAGAUGUAUAUCUUCACACUGUCUAUAUCGGGCUUGCUUGCAUACCAGGAUCUAUUAUUCUUCCAAUUUUCAUUCAUAAAGUUGGUGCGAAGCUUUUCAUCAUCGUUUCAUUGAUAAUUUCUGGUGCUGUAACAAUUGGAUUUUACUACGUGGUUAAUUCAGACCAAAAUCUUGUUUUAUCAUGUUUAUUUGAAGCACUUACCUCUCUGGGAAUUUCUCUUGUCUACUGUGUUAUUGUAGAUAUGUUUCCAACUAAUUUAAGGGUAAUGGCAGCGGCAUUAUCUCUUACCAUGGGAAGAUUGGGAGCGCUUGUUGGUAAUUUAGUAUUCGGAUACCUUAUUGAUCUUGCGUGCAUUGUACCAGUCGCACUUUUUGCGGCAUUUUUAUUCGUUUGUGGUUUUCUUUCAAUUUUAUUACCGCGUACUGGAAAAGAAACAUUGGAUUGAUUUAAUUACGCGACAUUUGUGAUUAAUUGUGAUUAUGGCAAGGAGCUGCUGAAGAAAAGUGUCCAAUAAUUUAGAAGAAGCUCAAUUAACCAAAGGGAACUUGUAUAUUUUUCUUUCCUAGAUCUUUUUCGUUCAUAGAACGACAUAUAAUUAUUGUUUUAUAUACUUUAUAAACAUAGAUGUUAAUAUUAGUAUAAGUAGCCGAAAUUAAUUAGCUAAUAUGUGCAAUAUCACGGAAUUUGCGAGAGUGAUGAUUAUUAAAAGUAUAAUCAAUUAUUUAUUCGUUCUACGAUUAAUUAUUAUUUAGUGAAAAUUAUCUUUUAAUAAUUUUAUGUUCACAUUUAAUUUAUGGUAUGCUAAUUAACUUAUAGAGGAGAUCGGAUUUUGUCCAUAUAUUAAAUAUUUAUUUUGAUAAUUUAUAAAAUUUAUUUUUUUUAUUGAUGUAUUGUAUUGUAUAAAUAAUACAUUC